UUAGGGAGACUCACGUGGGAGGAUUUGUUUACUGUAGCGGCUGACAGCGGAGGGCGAGGGCUGGCGGCACACUCCUCUAUAACACCACAAUUAUGGCAGACAGCGAGGAGAGGUUUGACGGCAUGCUGCUGGCCAUGGCUCAGCAGCACUCCGGCGGGGUGGUGGAGUUGCUGGACACUUUCUUCAGCUUCUUGGCCAGAAAGACAGACUUUUAUACUGGAGCUCCAGAAGACGUCAGUGAAAAGAUGGUAAUCGAUAAAUUUAAGAAAUAUAAAAGUUUGGCAUUUGCUGAGCAAGAUAAAAAAAAGGCUGAAUAUGAAGAGGUUGAAAGGAGAAAGCAAGAGAGGAUGAAGAAAAAGGAGUUGGAGGAAAGACAAUUGGCCAAUGCCCCUAAAAUUAAAGAACUUACAGAGGAAGAAGCCAACGAACUAGAGAAAAGUUUAUCAGAGGAAUCGACAAAGACUAAAGAACCCGAGAAAGUUGAAAAAAUGGAAGAUGACGACGAUGAAAAUUCUAAAGGAAAACUUAAACCAAAUGCAGGGAAUGGAUGUGACUUGGACAAAUAUCGUUGGACUCAAUCACUACAGGAAGUUGAGGUGUGGGUACCCCUCGGGGUCAAGGUCAAGUCCCGGGACGUGGUGGUGGAGUGGGGCAGGCGUACCGUCAAGGCCGGCCUCCGGAACGCCACCCCCAUUCUCCAAGGUGACCUCUACAACGAGGUCAAGGUCGAGGAGUGCAACUGGUUCCUGGAGAAUGGCAACACACUCGUACUCACGCUGGAGAAGAUUAACAAGAUGGAGUGGUGGUCUCGCUUGGUGACCUCGGACCCAGAGAUCAAUACACAAAAAGUUAACCCAGAACCCUCAAAAUUGGGUGACUUAGAUGGAGAGACAAGAGGCAUGGUAGAAAAGAUGAUGUAUGAUCAGCGACAAAAGGAGAUGGGAUUACCUACCUCAGAGGAACAAAAGAAGCAAGAUGUUCUUAAAAAGUUCAUGGAACAGCACCCAGAAAUGGACUUCUCAAAGUAGAGCAAGUGCAGUGGCUCGUAGGACUACAGUAUCUGUAUGGCUAAGUGUGAGUUGGAAAUCUUAUGUUACCGCCAUUAUGGCUGACACCCGCUCUUGGAUCUGGAAGAAAAUUUGUUCCAGACAUCCUUCACCUCCAUGGUUCUGUUGUGGCAGAUCUGGUGUUGAUCGCAAACGAACUGGAUUUCCACUUUUCAACAGUUAACUUCAGUACUUAUCUUCCUCUUACUUUCCUUACUCAUAAAUCCCUUUCAAAUCCCACCCUUUUGAAUUUAGCACACACCUACAGCUCUCAUAAAAGGACCCACUGUAUUCUUUUUUCUAAACUCAAGUCUGACUUAACCCUCUGCAGUUCUACGGUGGCAGGUUCAAAUAACAUUCAUUAUGAGAUGUUCUGUCAUCUGCCACUUUUCACUAUUUGGUGAAUAUCUAUAAUCAUAUUCGAGAGACAUUGCCAGUCAUUGAGGAGGACUGGCUUAACAUUUUUAGUUUUCAAUAUAUAAAAUUAAGGUAAAAUAAUACAGAACUGCCGGUUUUUUCUUUAUUCCGAGUGUAGGAAGGUCAGUGUGAAAAGCCAAGAGAGGGUCACCUCCUAGACUUGCAAAAAGGAUUAAUCUAAUUGUUUUACAAAGUUUUGAAGAACGACACCAAAACCUCCACAAUUAAAAAAAAAUUGACAAAA